GUCAGUUGAUAAAAUGUAUUGGUAAGGGUAGGACGUGUUGUACGUGAAGGAUUUGAUCAAAUUUUGACUGACCUUUUCUGUGACCUCUUAAAUUUAGUAAAUAACUCUUUGUGACAGUUUAUUUAAUCAACUAGUGUUAGUGAUCUCUUGUUGUUUUUGUUCACCCAUUUAUUUCCAUUAUAAGUUAUCGUUUGAAAAUACCAUGUUCAAACUACAAAGUAGAGCAUCGUAACUCAACAUCUGGAUACAGUUCGCAUUCAAUCAACCAAAAAUCAAAAUGUAACUGUUUCCGUCUUCAUACCUAGUUAUUCCACAAUAAUUGUUCUAACCAAUGGGUGCUAAUAUGGGUAAAAAUGCAUCCCUCUUAGAUGCUUUACCGUCCGGCCAAGGUACAUUACAUGUGGUCAUGUUGGGGUUGGACUCUGCUGGAAAAACGACUGCUCUGUACAGAUUGAAGUUCGAUCAGUAUUUGAACACCGUACCCACAAUUGGAUUUAACUGCGAGAAAGUUAAAGGGAUGAUUGGGAAAGCAAAGGGUAUUAAUUUUCUUGUUUGGGACGUCGGAGGACAAGAGAAACUUAGGCCUCUUUGGAAGUCGUAUACUCGAUGCACCGAUGGUAUAGUGUUUGUUCUAGAUAGUGUAGAUAUGGAGCGAAUGGAGGAAGCCAAAAUGGAACUGAUACGGACUGUUAAAGCUCCGGAAAACUCUACAGUACCAAUAUUAGUUCUGGCUAAUAAACAAGAUCUACCGGGAGCUCGAGAACCUCGCGAAUUGGAAAAACUAUUGGGUCUCGCCGAGUUAGGAAACGGAGGAGCUCCCGGAGGUCACCUUUGGCACGUACAACCAGCUUGCGCUAUUACCGGUGAUGGUUUGCACGAAGGUUUGGAAGUUUUGUACGAAAUGAUAUUGAAAAGAAGGAAGCUGGCGAAAGAAAGAAAGAAAAAAGGUAGAUGAAGUUUGGUACUCUGAAUUUUUUGGCUCAAUUCGUCGACUAUUUUAGUCAUAUUUAUAGAACUGGAGUUGUAUCAUUGAUACGGUUGUGUUUGUAGAUACUUAUUGUUGUGAUGCAGCUUUAUUAGAAUUUAUACACUUCAGUAUUUAGUUUUUUUCACGAUUCUAUCUAAAAUUCGUAAUCGGAUUUGAUUGUUAUGAACCAAAAGAUCAAUUUGGAGAGUUGAAUUUAUAUAAUUAUCGAAAAUUCAAAAAUUUUUUUGAACAGAACCGUCUCUACGUUAAGUAUUAUUUAGACUGAGUUGUAAUUUAUAAAGUAAACUUGCCCUUCCGCAUAUAACGUUGUUCGACCAACGAUUUUAAGCCUCUGAUUUUUUAUUUUGAACAAAUAGAGAACGAAUUCACUAUGGUACAAAAAUUAGAAAUAAGUCAAUUGGUAGUUGCGUUAAGUAAAAAAUUAUUUUGGACUUUUAUAUAUACAUAUAAAGAAAAACAGUUUUUCUUCAUACCUUUUUCGAUAAAAAACAAUUAUAGUGAUGCUUCUAAUAUCACAAAAAUAAAAAUAAAUUAUACGGGAUCAAAAUAUUUUUAAGUUGGUGAUUCUGGAACCAUAAUAAGAAACACAAUUUACACUACCAUCUACCAAGACAAAAAAAUAUUGACAAUUUGAUAAGCGUUAUCUUCCUCAGAGAUCAAAAAUAUACCAGGAGUGUUCAAAUGAAAAAGUACGAAACAACGUUGUGGAUAUACUUUUUGGAGUAUUAAUACAAAAGUCAUACAAAGGACUCGAGUAUAACUGCUUGUUCCCAGGUUUCCUGUGGCUCUAACAAGAGCUAGUUCUCUACUGUGUCUUUUUGUUUCGUCGUCCAAGUCUUCAUAAUCAUCUUUGAGAUUUUUUUGAACAGAUAUAAGUCACAUGUUGUAGGGUGGAUGCUUAAGCAGUUUGGACUUACCCAGUAAACUUGGAGACUUCAUUCGUGAUCAAUUCAGGACGUUUGCUCUUAAUGUACUUACGUAGGCUACGUCACUGCUUAUGAGGAUCACUCACGUUUGCUUAGAUUGCAUACUGUCUCCUUUUAUCGAAAUAUUGACACGAACCUUAGUACUGCUGACAAUCCAUGCCAGGAAAGCAAGGCAGUAUUAGCAUCGUAUGCAGUUCCUUUUGAAGUUUGAUGGGUUUCUUCGGAACCCACUGCCCUUACACCUAACCAAAUCUAUCUUGCCCAAUUGUCUCCACAAUAUUUCAACGCUGAUCUUUAUCAUCAAUUUUAACAUUCGCGUUGUAUGCGCUAAUCUUUUCUCAACAUAUUCAUCUGAUCGGAGUUCGACCAUAUUUGCUUGAGUUGGUAUCGGGUCAUCAUUGGAAUAAUCCCAGCUCUCACGAAAUUGGGAAAUGUAAUUUCUCACUGUAUUUUCGGACAUAUUUGAGUUGUAUUGAGCAAUGAACUGGAUUCUUUAUUUACUGUUAAUUAGUUACUCAAAUUUGCUAUUUUUGAAUAUCUUUUUGAAAUAUUAAAUAACCGAAAGGUUGGUUCGUUUCCAAGCCACCAAUUUUUUGCAAAUCAUGUCGUAUAUUUUCAUCGAAAUUUUUAUAAUUUCUUUAUCUUCGUCAAAAGCGGCUGAACUAAUUUUUCUUUUUUUUGGAAUUGCUUUAAACUCUUUUCUUUAAGCUUCUCGGUCCCUUGUACAUUUUCGAAAAUAAGUUUUUUUUAUUCUGGAACCAUUAUUGUUUUUUGGCAGACGCCAAAUAAACGGCAGUUUAGAUAUAUCCACUGCUAAACAUCAAAAUAAUCAUCUGAGGAAGAUGCUUUUAGAGAUUUUCAUUAAAUUACAAAUGGUUCGAGAUGGAUUUAAAUUUGGACGGCGCUGGUGUAGGAUUCUUUUCCUCUGCAAACCUUCAGUUGUGAUGUUUUUGCAAUAGGGUUGCUUCGCGCGUAAAAGGUACAUUACGUAUAUUGAAAAUGGCUAAGGGAGUUACAGCUAGAGCAGCAUUAUUCCCUAUCGUCGGCUAUUUUGCUGCUAAACGAUUUCAUCGGCUUCCUAAUAACAUUUGUAGUUGAAAAAUGAGUUCAGACAAUUCUUAUCAUCCGGCGGUUUAAUAACUUUUACCAUUAUCGAAUUUAUCAAUGUAAACACAAUAAUAUCCUUGUAUACACCUCGAACCAAAGGAUCUAUUGCAUUCCCCUUUAUUGCUAAUGUAUUGGGGAUAGUCGUUGUUUACAGUUGACCUAUUAAUCCCACUCCUCUUAGAAAGUUCAUAAUGUGGGAUGACUCUAGCUACUAGAAAUCUUCGUCUUCUAUUUGAUACGCACCCAGAUGUAGUGUUCUGGAGUUCCUUAGUGUUUCACAGCGCGCUGACAGGACUCCCGGUUGUUCUUGCCUAGAUUGACAGCAGAUUUUCUUUCGUUAUAGCUUUCCACCAUUGUCUUUUCCUGUCUUAACACCUGUAGAUUGCCCUAGUCCCAGUUUUAUUCUUAUACGUACUGCAGUAUCAAUUAAACAUAUUUUCUGCUUUUAUCUAGGUCGGUUACUACAUUCGCGUCCUUAGAUAAUUCACUAUGUUAUACUGAAGCGGUAUAUUCAAUUUCAACUGGUUUUGUUGCUUAGACGUUUCGUACCUUUUGAUUUGAACACUCCUCAUACAAUUUAUUUACUAAUAUGAUAAAAAAUCGGAUUGAUAUUCUUCAAUUAAGUUCCUAAUUUUAAUAGUCUUUUUUAUUUGUAUAUUCGAGAACCUCAGGGGUCGUAAAUUGAUCCCUAAUUCGUUAAUUUUUCCACCACCUUUUGUUAACAUUGUUUUUGAAUCAUAUAUUUUAUGUAUAGGAAUUUGUUAAAUAUACUAUAAUCGUUUUUCAUAACUACAGGGUGUUUUUAAUAAUUACAUAGGUAUACAAAAUUGAGAAUAUCAUCUUUUGUAUUGGAAUUCUUUGAAUUAUUACGUUAGGAAUUGGUUAUAAGUUGAAUUGUUAUUGGUUAUUGGUACCAGCUAAGUAUAGUCAGAGAAAAAUUCUAAAUGUGUAUAUGAGGUCUUUCAAAAAGUAUAAACUAAUAAUUUAGUAUCAUUUGGAGCACAACUUUUAUAAUUGUGUUUAAGAGUUUCGGACCAAACAGCAUGUUAUCUUAAGAUGGGCCAAAAAAACUAUUUUUAUUUAUCUACUAAUAAAAUAUCGUCCAAGAUGACGAAAAAAAAUUCUGAUAAAGCUCUUAAUAUCAAUAUUUACAGGUGGCGUCGUAAAUUUUGAUUUCCCGUUUACUCGUACAUUACACGGGAUUUUUUUUUUUUUGGAAUUUUAAUGUAUUCCAACGAAUUAUUGUGUAGUAAAAAGAAAUCUAUAUUUUUGCAGGAAAUUAAACGGCCUACAAAAAAGGUAUGAAAUAAUUUUUCGCCAAUUCAACUCUGUUAAUAUGAUGAUUUUCACAAUAUUUUAUAGUUUUCUACAAAAAAAUGUUUUAAAAACAUAAAACAACAUGUUUUUCGUCAUUUUUCUCUCAUUUUUUACUUCCAAAUUUAUUGAAAAAAACUUUUUUUAUAUAGCACGAUUGAAAUGAAAGCAUUGAAAACCGAUUUCAAAUAACAAAUAAUUAAAUAAUAGACAUAACCGCAUCAAAAAUCUUUCCAUCACUUCCUACUAUAUUCAAAUAAGUUUUUCCUCAAUAAAAUUGUGUUGUAAAAAUGAGAAAAAUCACGAAAAAUAUGUUGUUUUAUGUUUUUAAGACUAGACUAGAAAACUAUAAAAGAUUAUGAAACUCAUCAUAUAUUGAACCUUAACUACGAAUAACUUUUAAUCGAGUUGACUUAGCGAAAAAUUAUUUGAGACCUUUUUUUUUGGUCGUUCAAUUUCAUACAAAAAUAUCUAUUUCUUUCUACUACACAAUAAUUCGUGACCGGAUUUCUAACCGGACACCUACCAUGUAAGACGCCAUUUCCACACUAUGGGCAUCACGGACGAUUCGGAGUGACGUUGGUGCAUGGAGGAGGACGAAUCCGCAGACCUCGUUAUCUGAGAGUGCUCUGUACUCAUACAAGCGGUGGGCAAACCUCACAACUUGCCUAAUGACAUCAAAGGGUUCAAGCCAAAGCGCCUAAACGGCUUCUCAAAGGACAUCAGCCUUUAGUAACGUCAAGUAGGGCACGACGGGCCUAUCUAAAAGUCUAUGUACUCAACGGCUCCCUGGCCGCCCACAACUAUGAACAAUAAUUCGUUGAAAUACAUUAAAAUUCCAAAAAAACCGUGUAAUUUAAAUGGGAAAUCAAAAAUCAAGAUGCGGCAAUUCUAAAUAUUGAUAAAAGUUUUUUUGGCCUACCCUAAAUUGUUAUCUAGUUAGAAAUGGAUGUUUAGUAUUUUUUGAUUGACUUGAUUGAGUUCAUAAUAGUAUAUAAGCGAAAUUUUUAAAAUAUUUAGAUUUUUGCAUUGUUUGUAUAAACUAGUUUAUAAAAUGUUACCCGUUUCAUACCUAACAACAUAAUAAUUUAUUAUGUAAGCUAGGUGAUUGAAUUUAAUAAGAGUUAUCAUUUCUAUUUAAAAAUUUACACGCUAUUUAUUUAUAUAGUAAUAUUUUCACAAAAUUUUGUGGAUAUUAUUGGAAAAAAAAUUGUUUAAUUACCUAUAAUAUGUCAAAACAUUAUGCAAGGUGAUAUAGUUUGACAAAAAUCAAGGUUUAUAACUUUUUAUAUAAAAACUCUGACUUUUUUUAAAAUUCUGUCUAGUUGCUUCAAUUUUGUUCCCUCCUGUUAUACACUACUUGUACAGCCAAUAAAAAGUCCUAGAGUAUCCUCACUAACUUCUUCAAAACAGUUUUGAAGUAUUUCAGAGUUUUCCAGAAUAUUCAAUAACUGCAUAAUAAUGUAGAUAAAGGCCAAAUUACAGGGAAAAGAAGAUUAAUUUAUCUAGCGUUAUUGCGAUAUAUAUUUAGCUUAAUUACAGACUUCUAUAUGGUUUUUUUCAUUUAUUAAUGAAUAAUUUUUAUAACAAUAGAUUAGGAAAAAGAAAAUCUUAUGUAUUCAAAUUUAUAUUUUCUGAUAGUGUUUGUUCAGUUUAACUUUCAACUGUACGUAUAACCAACUUCUAUGAUCUACUUAAAGAAAACCCCAAUAAUCAUUUGUUUGUCUUAUGUAAACUGGUUGGGAAUUUUUUAUUUUAAUUAUUAACAAUCGAGAUUUAUCUAUUUCCAUUCAGAUCUUCAAUUUUACAUUCUUUUAAAGCAACAUUUCCACGACCACUCCCAACAUUCUGCCUCUAACAAUAAAGCUAACUAAUUAAUUAAAACUGUCAGGCUAUGAAGCAUGUAUCAAUGUAAUUUAAAGCCUUAAAUUCAUUUUCGUGCAGGAUAUAUUUUGCUAUAAAAUAUAGGUGCUCACCUAAGUGAGUAAUAUAAUGAUUAUAUUCGAAUAUUGAAACUUUAAUAGUGAGGUGACGUAUUCGUCUUGAAAUACGAGUAAGUAACCUCAUUUUCACCUUUCCAAUUUUCAACGGUUUAAUAUCAGGUCAAUGACUAUUUUGAAAACUUUCUACCUACCAACUUCCCUCCUGUUACGUGCUACUUUUAUUGCCAAUCUAAGGCCUUGAAAUAUACUUACCUCUUAGUAUGUGCUGCUUCUAUUACCUAUCUGAGGCCUUGGAUUAUACUUACCUCCUAUUAUGUGCUACUUUUAUUGCCAAUCUAAGGCCUUGAAAUAUACUUCUAUCCUAUUGUGUGCUGCUUUGAUUACCAAUCUGUGGCCUUGAAUAAUACUUCCCUCCUGUUAUGUGCUGCUUUUAUUGCCAAUCUGAGACCUUUGAAUAUUCUCCUGAAUUUUUUAGAACAUUUACAAAAAAUUUUAAAAUAUUCUAUCAGGCCUUGAAAUAUACUUCCUUUCUUAUAUGUGCUACUGACCAUUCAAUAACAGAAUAAUCAUCUAGAUUGUAGACAAAGGUCAAAUCACAGCAGAAAGAUUGUUAACCUAUCUAUCCAGAAAUGCACAAAAUACAUUUUUUUAAUUAAAAUAUCCUGUUGUCUUUCCUUAAUUCAUUAUAAUUCCUUUUCACUUAAAUUCUGUGCAUUAAAAUUAUCAAUUUUUUAUUACAUUUUACUUCUUUGGAAUAGAGUAAUAGAGUUUUCUAUUUUCAUCAUUCACCUUUUAACUAAAAAUAUCUGUAAUCAGUCCAUCCUGAUAUUUUCCUAAUUUCUAGUUAUCUUUAUAACAAUGGAUAUACUUUUAUGAAUGUAAAGAAUUUUUGAUGAAAUUUUUAAACUAUUCAAAUAUCGCCUUGUACCAAACCUUGUUGGUAAUUUUAUAAAUGGUUACUUGUUCGCAUAUUUCCGAAAAUACAACAGGUACUUGCCAAAAUUCUAGGUAUGUGUCAUCUUGCACUGUAUAUAUUUAUGUGAUUCGACUCGAGCAGCUAUUUAUUUCAAAUAUUUCGCCAAACCUUGUUAUAUUUUCAUUGCAAAUAUUGUUUUUCUCUAUUUUUAUCUAUAAAUCCUCUCAGUAUUGAAAAAAAAAAUUUGAGACCUAUAUAAAAUUAGUUUAUUUGCAGAGAAAAUAAAAUAUCAAAAGAAGUAUUAUAUAAAUAAAAAACUUGCAUUUAAAAAAAUUUAUUUACGUUUCUUGUCUAUAUAUUGAGAGUUUAUUUUUGAAAAUAGACCAAAACAAGGUUCACAAAACCUGAAACACAUAAUAGAUGCUAGCAUAAUUUAUGUACAUUGAUAUAUUAUACAAACAUUCUGGCGCAAUCCUCAAUUCAUAAAUGUUUUAAUUUUUUUCCAGUUUUGUACUAGUCUUUUGUUUUUGCUUGUAAUAGACCUCAGGUCUAAUUAACAAAAUAAUUGAAUAUUAUAUGCGAAAAUUAAUAGUAAUGUAACCAAUACUCAUGCAUCACACCAAAUGCUUCUUCAUAAUAUACUAUCACAUCGGUUAAUAUUUCAAAUAUCUAUUAUUUCAGUAUGCCAGUAUGUCAAAUAUGACUUUGGACCAUUAACUUAGUUUAUACAGUGUUUAUACCAAUAAAAACAUUUCUAUAAAAAAUUACAUAUUAUGUACAUAGUUUUAUUUUGUUGGUUUGUAUGUAUUCAAACAGAAAAUAUGUUAUUUAUCAGUAUAGAAUCUAGUAUAUAGAUUAUAUAUCGACAUUUUUUUACCAUACUUCAUCCUAAUAUAAUCAAUAAUCAAUCUUAUUUGUACCUAAUGGACGCUUUGUCACUAAUUGUGCAAUUUAGAUAAAAAAAAAUUAACUGUGUUUUCGAACGAAAGUACUAGCAAGUUUUCCAUGAUUCCAAACAAUACUUUCGAAAUAGUCUAGUAAUAAAAUCUAAAUUAGAUAUAAUUUUCAUCAGUUCGUGUAUAUUUCGUUAUUAUCCGAUUUCUAAUUAAUUGUAGUUUGUUAUGUAUUUUCACAACAUUGAAAGUGGAAUUUUUUUAUUCGAAUUGUUACUACCUAACUUUAUUUUCAUAUAUAUGAACAAAUAUUUCCAUCUUAACAAAUAUAUCUGAAAAUAAAAAAAACAUACUGGAUUAUUUAUCUCCUAUUGCUAAUUUUUAUUUAGGAAAAUUCUUGUUUAUUAAAUGAAUUCCAAACACUUUUUCAGAAGUGAUUUUAUUAAUUCAUCCAACCAAAUUUUCAUAAUAAUUAAUCCAGCAUGAUAAAUAAUACUGUAUAAAGAUUACUUGUAUUCAUAAAUAAUCCUAAUUAUCCUGGCCAAAGGUAACAAUUUAGAAGAAUAUAUACAAAGUGACUAUUUUGUUGGGUAAUAAUUGUGACUUUUUGUAAUUUCUUUCAUAAUGACUUUCAUAAUAAACAAGACAUAUCAGAAUUGCAAAAAGAGUCAAAUUGUUUUGAAAAUUUUUCCUCCUGUUUGCAUCAUACUUAAUGUGUUGCAAUAAAAUGAUUACCAUGCUGGUUAUUAUCUAGAUUAGGUUAAAUCCCUACGAUUUCUUAAAAAUUUUAGUAUGUUAUAGAGAAAAUUACUGAACAAAAAUAUAUAUAGAGCACGCGGAAACCAUCCCUUCAGGUAUUUUUCCUCGUUUGAGGAAUCAAAUAAUUGUGAUUAUAAUAUUUAAAUUAACCUUUUAUUUGAAGUUUUUCCAUUCUCUUUAUGUUGUUUCCAUCUUGAACAAUUAAAGAUGAAAUGGUUCUGUCGGUGUUAAGAACUAUAUGAUUCGGAAAAACCUCACGUUUUCUACAAUUUAACAAAAAAAAAUUAUUAUUAUAAUCUCUAUUCCUUACAUACACCGUCAAAAGCAUCCUUUAAAACGAUCAAUGAAACCAUAGACAACGAAUCGUUGAAUUUGAUUAAAUCAUUACUUAAAAAUUAAUGGUUGAAAGGAUUGGAAGGGGUUGGGGCGGGAGGUUGUUAGAACUUUAGACCAAUUUUUAACACUGUCCUAUUCUGUCCCUUUUUCAUAUCUUUCAACGUUUAAUUUAAAUAUGACCAUCACUGAAUAAUUAUUAAAAUUGUUUGAUUCUUCAAACGAAAAAAAGUACCUGAAGAGAUGGUUUCCGCGCCCUAAAACAUACUAAAAUUUUAAUGAAAUCGGAGGGGAGUAACCCAAAAUAAAUAAUUAUCAAAAUGCUUCACUGGAGUAUAAACUUAGCUAAAAAAAAAUUAUAAAAAAACAAGAAUUAUUGUUUGAAAAGUUGGAAAGUAUAGUUGAAGUUCAAUCUUCAACAGAGAAGUUUUACAAAUCAAUAAAAAUAUUAACCUUUUAGAAUAAAUUUUUUAAUGAAAGCUACAGCAUCCAAAUUUUUAUUUGAAAUUACUACAUCUGUCUGUUGAAUAUAAAUCAUAUCCCGUUUUUAAUAUAUGUGAAAAUUAUCAACAGUUUUAUUUUUAUUGACUAUAUUUAUACAAGAUAAUAAAAAUCUUUGAAAUAAAUUGUUUCUAACAACUAAAAUUAUUUGCAUCACAUCCAGUUAUUGCGUUUUAUUGAAUAAUUUUACAGAUAUUCUAAACACAGUUAUUUUAAUAUCAAACCAAAGGUGCUCGUGACUACAUUUGAUAUUAUUAUUGGGUUGGUGACAAAGUAAUUUCGGUUUUGUAGUAUAAAAUAAAAACACUUUUUUUCUACAAAGAAUAGUUUCUAAUUAAUUAUAUAUAUUUCCAUUUUGCUCAAUGACCUUUCUUUCAGCUUCACGAUUUCGCGCCCAUAAAAUUUUCGGUCCUUAUCAGGAAAAAACUGAACCAGGUGCGAUUGUGAAACUUUGACCGUUCAAAGAAUUCUGUCAGCUUCGAAAUAAAUAAUAAUCAGAUGAUGCCAGAUCAGGGCUGUAUAGUGGGUGGAACAUCACUUCCCAGCCAAGCUUUAAUAGUUUCCCAAUUGCUGCCAAAGAUGUGUGAGGCCUUGCAUUAUCAUGGUGAAAUACUAAACCCCUUCGAUUUGACAAUGCUGGCCGUUUUCCUUUGAUUGCUUCGUCCAAUUUCAUUAAUUGUUGACAGUAAACAUCAGAAUUGAUCGUUUGGUUCCUUGGAAGUAGAUCAAAAAACACAACUUUGUAAUCCCAUUGACAACAUGAGCUUUUUUGUUGCUUUUCAGCUUUCGAUGUGGUUUGUGCUGUUUUCGAACUUUGUUACUGUACAAGUCCCAGUUUUCAUCACUAGCGAUGAUUCUUUUCAAGAAAUGAUCGGUUUCUUCACGUCAAUGUGACCAGUAUCACGUGACAAACGGCAAAGUAGAGCACUAACAUAAGUUAUUCAAAAAAUAAAGGCGUCUCUAAAAGUAAAAAGCGAAAGUACUUAGCUGCCAACCUUAUAUAUUGACAUGUUAUGACUUUUUACGAAUAAUUUUUCAGCUAAUUGUCGUAGUUAUAAAGCCAAUGACCAAUUGUAAAAAAUGUUGCUUUAAUGGCUGCGUAAAUUUUCAUAACGCAACAGAGCAAGCAAGUUAGACAAUAUUAAUCUGAAAUAAAAAGGGAAAUAAUGAGGACUAUAAUUUAAUAAAGUCUAAUUUUCCUGCUUGAUUAAUAGAUAGCUAUUAAUACUGCAUUGCCCGGUUUUCAAUUUUUUUUUUGUUUUAUUCCUGUAGUUAGAUAUAUGUUAUUGUAUUAAUUAUUGUUAAAAGACUCGCCAUGAUUGUAUAAGCUAAUACCUGUAAAUAUGUACCUAAAUGUACUAUAUAAUUAUUUCUAUUAAAUUCGUUUGUUUUUUUA